AUGGCCACGCUUACAUCGUUCCCGGAGAAAAACAAAUGCCCCCAAGUGUGCAAGGACAUAGGUGCGUUUAAAAAAUCCGAGAAGACGCCUGAACAGGUCAAGGAAGAAAUAAAGGCAGCGGAAGAUGCUAAAGACGCUGUAACAGAUGAAAAACCCGCUUAUGAAGAGCAGGAACCUGAGACACAGGUCAAGCUUUCAUACGAAGAGCAUUUACCUCAACUUAAGCCGGCAGCAGAUGGUACAGUCGACUGGACUCCCCUUGGAGAUAUGACCGGAACACGACCCAAGGUAAAUAAAUACUCAAUUAGCCGGUAUUCCCUCAGCGAAUGGAGGAAGCACAAUGAAAGUGUUCUGGACCCGAGCGUCAUAACAGAGUCCAACAUAGUUGAUUACAACGCUAAGACGUCAAUGAUGCAAGCAUUCGGUACCAUAGAUAAGCAACAGAACGAUAACAACGAAAGACUGAAGCAAAAAGCUAAGGACAUAUUCCGAUGGAAAGUUGAAGUGGAAAGAGCCUGCAAGGCAAUCACUGAUGAGGUCGAGCUGUUAGAGAUUGAGAGGCAGCGGCUGAAAGGCGCUUCCAGGGUCCUUAUGCUGCCGGAAUCGAUAUCCAAGGAGUGUUUGGACCUCCGCUCGAACAGGGCCGAACCGGAUUUGGUGUCGGACCUAGCUGAGCAGGAGCUGAUCAAGGAAAUGGAACUCGUGAGCGAGGUUAGGGCGACGUUUAAAAAUACACUGGAGAAAAUUGAGGAACAAAUGGCCAUAAAUAAAGCAGCGAAGCAUCGAAUCGAAUACGAUUGGUGCGAUAAAACCACUGCUUACAAUACGGAGACUACGAACAUUGGACUCAACACUAAAACUAAUACGAUAAUGUUUGCACCGGGCGCUACGCGUUUCGGUGACUUUUCUGCGCCUUUGGAAUAUUGGGAAUACUUUUGCAGGGAGAACGUGCAGAACUGCGAAGCCGCCCGCCAAAAGUCUGCAGAUCUACGAGGCAGUUUGAACGCUAUAUUAGUUAAUGGCGGUAGAAAACUAAGAACCCAAGCUGAUCGGACUGACAUUGUCUUAGCAGAAACAGUGGCUAUAACGCAAGAACUCUGCACGAAACUAGAGGAGACCCUGAAAAAUACACUACAAAGAAUUGCCGAUAUGGAGGCCUUAAUAGAUGACCUCAAAGAUUCCGUUAGGAAGAUGGACGCCGCCAUGAAACUUGCACAAACGAGGCUUAACAACCGAAAUACAUUUAGGCCUCACGGGGAAAGUGUUAGGGAUCAACCGCAUCUCGGGUUAAUAGAAGAAGUGAAGAAGAUACACGAAACGGUAACAUCUCUGCUCGGGCAACUGAAGAAGGCGGAGAAUGUGAGGGGGCAGUUAAUGGAAAAGAGAAUUGAAUUGGAAAAAGAUAUCGCAUCUAAACGAAAGACCCUCAACAUCGACAGAGACAGAUGCGGGAUGGUCCGUUCGCAUUAUCCAUCGGCUCUGGAAUUAGCCGGGUAU